CAUUCGUCAGGUCGUCAAUAGCACGUCAGCCACCCUUGGGCUGAAUCAAAGCAGAGAGACCACGAUUUAUCUCAACAGAAACCACAGCAAGAUCUGCAAGUUCUUCUCCGAAGCCGACCAAGAGUAUCAACUGGUCUCGAAAAACUUGGUUAAUUUUGCAAACUCCGCGGUGAGAGCGACCGAGUAUACUGUGACACUUCCCCUGCGGGAACGUCUCUUCUCGGACCCCAAUAAGUACAUAGCGGCGCCGGAGAAUACUUCCAUCGACAUUGCCGAGUCAAUAGAGCUUGCAAAAAUUGUCCUCAAUCACGAAGGGAUGUUUUUGGAGGUAAAAGCUAUAGAAGGAGAGGUGGAACAACUAAAGUCGCAAAGAACUAAUUUGAUUACCAUCCUGGCAGGGCUUUUUUUGUUGUUAUGGCCCAUAAUUUCGUCGCUCCCCCCUUUUAGCCCACUUCCUAUCGCCUGGAUCCUCUGGCCAUGGCAGAAUCAAAUCGACACAGCUAGAUAUCGCCUUCGUGAAGUAAAUACCGUACAGCGAACAGUGUUAAGCCUCGAACUUCUCACUGUGGAACUCUUGGACGAGAAGAGACACGAUGUUCUAUGCUCUGUGCGUCAACUCGAGCAAGCGAUGCGUAGCACUGAGAAUUUGACUCCCGAACAAGGCUUGGAGGCUAAGUCUCUCAAAUACCAGCUGGAAUGGUUGUCAGCACAAAUUAUCAUCAGGCUCCAUAAGAAGGCGCAAGAGGUGGAGCAGGCUAACCGAGAGAGGGAACAGGCGGAGCAUACUGAGAGAAAAGUACAAUCAGCUUUUCAGGGUCAGGCGCUUCAGGAGCCUGAGGAUGAUUCUUCGAUUUGCCCUGAGUGUACUGUCAUGUGAAGCGAAGGACUUUUCACCUUAAGUAGACUUUUCAACUCAAAACACAAUGGAGGAUUUUCUCGCAAAUUUUGUAUUUACCCAAUUAUAUUUCUUUUAUAGCCUCUACAGAUUAAAG